UUUAUCUCGCCUAAUCCGGAAUUGUACAAAAAAGAUAGCAAAGUUGUAUUUGACAAUAUGAAAAAAGCUAAAGAGUUGAUAGAUGGGUUUAAGUGUCUAUAUAUGAUAGCUAUGUUCAACAAAAUUAGGGAGGCAGAGAAUAGAGAGACAGA